ACCCGCCCCGGUCCACAAUCACCUUCACCAAAACCCUUUCGGUGAAGAAAUUUCCACUUCACGACCCUAAAUCGCGGCUCCACUCCAUUCCCCCCGGUGCCCAGCCAGAGGGGAGCUUUCAUAUCAACCGCUUUAUAAUUUUAUUUUGAGGUUCAAAUAAGGCUGAAGUCAUAAUCCGGACUGCGAGUUCAGGAUGAUCGCUAGUCAAAAUGUCGAUAACUCAGCGGAUACAGCGCUGGCGAAGAUGGGGUACAAGGCAGAACUGCCGCGAAAUCUCAGCAUGAUAUCGAUUCUGGGACUGUCAUUCGCAAUCAUGGGUUUGUUUAUCGGAUUAAGUGCGACAAUGUACAUCACCCUCACAGACGGCCAAUCGGUAACUAUUAUCUGGGGAUGGGUGUUAGUUUCUCUGAUCUCACUCGGAAUCGCCGCUUCGCUCGCUGAGAUAUGUUCCGUGCUUCCUACUGCGGGUGGGGUUUACUACUGGUCGGCGAUGCUCUCAACGAGGAAAUAUGCACCUAUAGCAUCGUGGAUUACAGGCUGGUUAACGCUAGUUGGAAACUGGACGGUCACAACAAGCAUAAACUUCUCGGGAGGGCAGUUAAUCUUGAGCGCUAUUGCGUUGUGGAGGGAUGACUGGGCGCCCAACGAAUGGCAAACUAUCCUGAUGUUUUGGUGUGUAAUGUUGAUAUGUGCCCUCGUCAAUAUAUUGGGCGCAAAGUAUCUGGACCUCAUCAAUAAGAUAUGCAUCUACUGGACCGCGGCGAGUGUAGUGAUAAUUCUUGUCACCCUUCUUUCGAUGGCCGACACUACUAGGAGUGGAGAAUUUGUUUUUUCGCACUUUGAUGCAUCUGCUAGUGGAUGGCCCGAUGGAUGGGCGUUCUUUGUGGGGCUACUUCAGGCCGCCUAUACACUUACGGGGUACGGUAUGGUUGCCUCAAUGUGUGAAGAGGUUCAGCAACCUCAGCGCGAAGUCCCAAGAGCUAUGGUACUUUCAGUCGCAGCCGCGGGUAUGACAGGGGUUGUCUAUUUGGUUCCAAUAUUGUUCGUUUUGCCGGACGUGAAGCUACUAUUAGAAGUUCCAAACGGACAGCCAAUUGGAUUAUUGUUCAAGACUGUUACUGGAAGUGCAAGUGGGGGGUUUGGGCUUUUGUUUUUGAUUCUUGGAAUAUUGUUCUUUGCGGGGAUCGGUGCUUUGACAGCGGCAAGCAGAUGCACUUAUGCAUUUGCCAGAGGUAAAAUCAGAGAGUUUCUAACAAUCAUUAAUGGCAGAUGGUCGAAGGUGGAUACCAGGUAUGACAUCCCGUUGUGGGGUUUGUUCCUCUCAACCAUGGUUUGCUGUUUAUUAGGUUUGAUAUACUUUGGCAGGCACGUUAGACCUUUAACUCAUUCACUGGGAGAUGCCCCUUACUCACUUGGCAAGUUUGGCGUAGCAAUUAACAUCUUAACGAUAUGUUGGAUCUGUCUCGCUAUUGUAUUAUUCUGUAUGCCGGUAUCUAUACCCGUGGAGGCUCCAGCAAUGAAUUAUGCAUCGGUUGUGUUCGCUGGGUUCACUACGAUUUCGGCUGCUUGGUAUUUCAUCCGCGGACGAAAAGAGUUUACUGGCCCGCCCAUUGCAACUGAUGCAGCGCUCGUGGGAAAUACGGGAUCGCGAGCGGAUGAGGAGAAAAGCUGAAUGUGGAGAGAGAGAGUAUUGGAUCAUUGUUAUUUACGAGGCCACUCCUUCGCAUUGCUGAAAAGUUCAUAGGUCUACUUCUCCAUAAUGCGAUGGGUUUAUUAGCAAUAGCACACCCGUCGCUAUC